AUGGACUCGAAGCCCAUUAGAUCCAAGCUAGAAGGCGAAGUAGCGUACUUACAACGGAUACUAGUAGAGCAGCGGGAGGAGAAGGAGCUAGAGAUACAAGCGCUAAGAGAGACUUUGAACCAGAUAGUGACGCGCCAUGCGGAGGAGCUUCAGGCAGUGAACAGCCAAUGGGAGGGACUUGUGGGCACACUCAGAGAGGAUGGCGAUGGGGAGCUGCCCGGCGGCGGAGCGCACACAGCCCAGAUUAAGGACCAAGCGAUGUUCUCCAAGAAGCUAGCUGCUCGAGCAGCAGCGGCAGCACUAGCGAUAGAUAGAAUGAAUCCUACGUUAGACUCCGAUGCGGUUUACCGUGUGGGAUUAGCUGGAGCAGUGCGGUGCCCGCAUUGCGGAUGCGACAUUACUGAGACUGUGCGGGACGCAGACGUGCGGGAGAGAUGCACGAGCAGUGACGAGAGGGAGGGGCGGAAAGGGCGAAGCGGAGAGGUUAAGGGCGUCGAUGGGAUCGUGUCGCAGCUAUGCAUCACACGGCGUCGCCUGACGGACUCCCUCGUGCAGCUGCAGGUGUCGUGCAUGGACGACGCCGCUGCCGGCCUCAGCAGCGUAGACGCGCCUCCGGCAGCCCUUGCCACCCGUGCUAUGAGCCUAGUUUCGUUGUGUGACUUUGGAUGGUCGUCCAGCAGCGUGGGGAAAGAUCUGCCAGAGGGUGUUCGGCUUACCGCGGGAGGGCGUUGCGUGGACGGGGCUCGGCAGGCGAACGAGGCGUGGCUGUUGGAACUGUUCGUGUCGCAGGUGCAUCGUGUGGCGGAGUGCAUGGAGGCCUAUUGCGGGAACGUGUCCCGCCGCCUUUCACGGCAGGGUUAUAGAACUGAUCAUUUAGUGCUGGAGAUGGUGGGAGGAAAAGCGGCGCACCACGCGGACGAUGGCAGUGGGGCGGGUAGCGACGCGGAGAGCUGCCACAGCUACCAGCAUAGUCGGCGGCGGGGGCGGCAUCGCAGCGAGUGCGCGUCGCUGCUGGACUGCGUGCUGAACAUCGCGAGCUGCGUGCUCUUCACGGACUUCGAGGCGGAGGACUUCGUGCGCGCGGGUUUCAGCCGCCUGCUCAGCAACGACGAGCGCUGCGCCAUGAAGCUCUCCAAGUUCUUGGCGCUCAAGGAAAAGGACCGCGCGCUCAGAGGCAGCUUCGACGCCAUCCGCGAAGCCAAGUUCGCCCACUUCUGCUCGCGACGCCUGGAGGAGCUGGGCGAAUGGCUGCAGGCAGCGGCGCUGGCGGGGGGACGCGAGCUGACAGACGAGCGCAUGUCCACAGCGCUACUGGGCGAUGAAGGAGACGAAUUCGCUGCGGCGUCCUUUGAUGCGACCCUAUACUUGGACAGAACCGACUGGUCCACCAGCGACGCGCCGUUACUGGAGGUGGAGGACGGCCCGCAGCCCAUGAGCGCCAUCGGCGGGGAUCUCCGCCAUGACGGCGCGUCGCUGCGCCACGAGGGGCUGGCGCUGGAGAAGAACGCGGAGGCGCGGAGCCUCGUCGCCGUGCGCAACGCGCUGGAGGAGCUCGAGGCGCACCUGGAAUCGCUGCAGGACGUGAGUCCGGCGGAGCGCGAGUUGGCGCUGAUGGCGGUGGAGGCGAAGCGGCAGGAGCUGCUGCAACACCUGCUGGCGCACCAGGGCCGCGAGUGGCAGGUGGUUCAAGAGCUUCUGGGCUUCAUCGGCGACACGUCAGCGCCGCGCACGGACCUCAGUCUGCCGCCGUACACGCACCCCACGGCGCCCGGGCCCCUGCCGCCGCUGUACCACACGUUCCACCACCAGCAGCUGCAGAACCACCCGCCCGCCUCCCUCGCCACUCCACUGCCUGCGCCCCGCCGCCCCGCGCACGACCCGCCGCAACAGCAGACGACCCCGCAGGCCAAAGCGGUGGCGCAGCAGCAGCAGGGCAGGCGCGCGGAGGCACGCGCGCACUCUCAGCAUCAAAUUCCGGUGCAGCAGCAGCAGCAGCAGCAGCGGCGCAGGCAGCAGUCGCAGCACGGGCCGGCGGACUCGUCGUCGAGCAUGUCGUCGUCGCGGCUGCUCGGCGCGCAGUUCGGCACCGCCUCGUCCACGUCGUCGCCCGCGCACGACGACGGCGAGGUGGACCAGGCGCACGGCAAGGGCGCCACGCGCCCGGGGCAGGCGCGCGGAGGUAAACUGGCGCACAUGCAGCAGGGCAGCGACGGAGGGGAUGCCGGGAGGCAGGUGCGCUCCAUGGUGAGCGGAGAGGAGGGGUGGUGGUCGGAGGGGACUGGGCACGGGGGCACGUGUGCGGGGUGCAUGCGGGGUGAUGCAAGUGGCAGUGAGAGGGAGGAGCAGUCGUGGGGGAGUGAGGUAGCUGGGGUGAGAGGAGGCGGGUCGGUGAGCUGGCAGGGCACGCACGGGGAUGACAGCAGCACCGCUUGCAUGUGCUGCAGUGCGGCCGCUGCUGCUGGUGGUGGUGGCAGGAGCAGUGGGCUGACGAGCAACACAAGCCCAUACAUGUCAACAGCAGCAGGCAGGCCAGGCAGGUCUGCUGCCGCCGCCAUGGCUGCGCCCUCUCGCCCCUCCGCGACUCCUCCCGGCCCCACGGCGCUGCUGGGGUCUCUGGUACAGCGCGUGCUGCUGCCGUCCUGCCAGCGCGCCGCAGGGGUCAUCUGGGGCGGGUUCCGCAUGGUGCUGGGGAGAGGAGGGGGUGUGGGCGCACAGGUGGCGAUGGUGACAGUGGGAGUGUGCGUGGGCGGCAUGGGUGGCAGCGCAGGGAGCAAGAGCGGCGGUGGGAGUGGAGUGAUGGUGCCAUCGGUGGUGGUGUCUCGAGAGGCUGUGGUACCGCCAUGUGACGCCUUCCCUGCCACCAACCCCGCCUCCAACCCGCCCGCCUCCACUGCCCCCGCCACGCCGUCUGCCUCGUCCACCUCCCCUCGCUCCCAGCGCCAGCGCCAGCGCGAAGCCAUGGCGUCGCCUUCCGACGUCUCCUCCACUCUUCUCUCCCGCCAAGCCCUCGACGCGCUGGGUGCGGCGGAGGCGGCGGUGUCGCAGCUGGAGACGAGCCUAACGCCCAUCGUCGAUCGCUGCUCGUCGCGCGCGCUCGCGGCGGACCUCGCGCCCAUGGACCGCGCCAAGGCGCAUCUGGUGACGGCGCACGCGGCGGCGUCGCUGUUCUGCCUCGUGCUGCGGUCGUACGGGAUGGCGCCCAGCGAGCACGGCGUCGCGAAGGACAUGGCGCGCAUCGACUCCUACGUCCACAAGGUGCGCCUCGCCGACACCGCCGGCGGCGCCGGCGACGGCGCGGUGGGCGCGCCGACGUCGUCGCUGAACGUAGCGGCGGCGAACCGGUUCAUCGUGCACGCGAUCCCGGACCUGACACCCGAGCAACGGCGGCUGGUGCGCGAAGCAGGGAAGAAACGACGGCCGCGCGGAGGGGAUGGUGGCGGGGAAGGGACGGGGGGAGAGGGGGAGGAGGGAGGUGUGGGUGGGGGCGAGGCGGAGAGGGCGGGGAAGAAGGUGAAGAGCGUGCGACAGGCGGCAGAGGACUUUCUGGCCAUGGCGGCUGCUGACGUGGCGACGGAGGAGGGCGAGGAAAGAUAA